AUGGCUUACUCAGAUAACGAGAAAGUCGAGCUAUCUCCACUCCUUAUUUCCUGUGGAUUGAACGAUAUUAUCAUCAUAUCAGCGCCAAUUUUAACCAACACAUCGAAGUACUAUCUCCACAGACCUAAUGGAGGAACAAUUACACUUGACUUGCAACCCACUAUCCGUUCUAAUAACGUAUCUACGGACGAAUACAAUGAUAUACAAAUAACGUACUUUAUAACAGGUGUACGAAUAAUAUGUCCAGUUAAUAAAUAUAGGAUUUUCAAUGUUAAUGAGGGAGGCAGUAUUUUCGACCCAAUCGAUACUUUUCAAGAAAAAGAACUACAAUUGGAGGGAAACGAUUUCAUGAUAGGCCCUUUAAGUAUGGAGGAUCAUGGGAAUUGGGUAUUAAGUAUGUAUUAUAAAAGAAAUGAAAGGUGGAUAGAAGUCUUCCAAGUUAUAAGUGUAGAGAUUACUGAAAUUAUACCAGCAAAACCACCUAAGCCAGUGUUAAAUGUAGGAGAAGAUUUAGAAAUCAGUUUCGCAUAUCCAAUAGAUAAUAUGACAUCCUGCGAGAUCACAGCGCCAAGAUCUACUUAUGAUCGGUUUUACGAUAGAAGCAGACACAGUUUUGAGUCUUGCGGAUUUUUAAUACCAAAUAUGACACGAGAAGACGCUGGCCUUUGGAGAAUAGUUGGUGUUGGUCAAAUUGUGUAUGAAGCAACAGCAUUUGUUACCAUUAAAGAUGUAUUUUUAUAG